GGCGAGUGUCAAGCAGCAAGCCCUCCCUGGCCCCAGGAGACCGCACAUGCCUCAUUUGUUUAAGCUCGCAGCUGACACCCGCCACCUCUCCAUAGGUACCGGCACAGACCUUCUCAGCAUCAGACAGUGACCAGCCUGGUGACGCAGAACUGCCGCUAUGAACUACCCUCUAACCUUGGACAUGGAUUCUAUCACCUAUAACAUGGAUGAUCUGUUCAAGGAACUGGCCUUCUACAGUAACAGCACGGAGAUCCCGGGACAGGAUAGUAACUUCUGCUCUACGGAAGAGGGACCCCUACUGGCUUCCUUUAAGGCGGUGUUCAUGCCUGUGGCCUACAGCCUCAUCUUCCUCCUGGGUAUGAUGGGAAACAUCCUGGUGCUGGUGAUCCUGGAGAGGCACCGGCACACUCGGAGCUCAACUGAGACUUUCCUGUUCCACCUGGCUGUGGCCGACCUUCUCUUAGUCUUCAUCCUGCCAUUUGCAGUGGCUGAGGGCUCCGUGGGUUGGGUCCUAGGGACCUUCCUCUGCAAAACUGUGAUCGCUCUGCACAAGAUCAAUUUCUACUGCAGCAGCCUGCUGCUGGCCUGCAUAGCCGUAGACCGUUACCUGGCCAUCGUCCAUGCCGUCCACGCCUACCGCCGCCGCCGCCUCCUCUCCAUCCAUGUCACCUGCACCGCCAUUUGGCUGGCCGGCUUCCUGUUCGCCUUGCCGGAACUCCUCUUUGCCAAGGUUGGCCAGCCUCGUAACAAUGACUCCUUACCACAGUGCACCUUCUCCCAGGAAAACGAAACAGAAGCUAGGGCCUGGUUCACCUCCCGUUUCCUCUACCACAUCGGGGGCUUCCUACUGCCAAUGCUCGUCAUGGGCUGGUGUUACGUGGGGGUGGUACACAGGCUACUGCAAGCCCAGCGGCGCCCUCAGCGGCAGAAGGCAGUCAGGGUGGCCAUCCUAGUGACAAGCAUUUUCUUUCUCUGCUGGUCGCCCUACCACAUCGUCAUCUUCCUGGAUACGCUGGAGAGGCUGAAGGCCGUGCACAGCAGCUGCGAGCUGAGUGGCUAUCUCUCUGUGGCCAUCACCUUAUGUGAAUUCCUGGGCCUGGCCCACUGCUGUCUCAAUCCCAUGCUCUACACCUUCGCAGGCGUAAAGUUCCGCAGCGACCUGUCUCGGCUUCUGACCAAGCUGGGCUGUGCUGGCCCGGCCUCCCUUUGCCAACUUUUCCCCAGCUGGCGUAAGAGUAGUCUCUCCGAGUCGGAGAACGCUACUUCACUCACCACCUUCUAGGUCCCGGAAGUCUCAGCACCCACCUCUGUUUCCGGUUUCCUUGGGAGGAUAAAGUGGUAGUGGAAACCUGGCCGACACGAGCUGGGGCCAGUGUCCCCAGAUGGGACAGCUAGACGGAAUCUCUCUAGAAUGUCCCUAAAACUCUUCUGCCAGCCCUCGGGCUAGAUUAGAGCCCCAGGAGGAGAAAGCAGCCCAAAGGCAAAGCGAGCAGUCUCCAGACCGCCUGUGUCACCUUAGACGGAGAGAAUUCCACAUGCCUCCCACCCUAACGAGCUAAAGCUAAGACUCAGCUUCAUUUCUUCCUGGCCAUAGGGAAAACCACCUCUGCCUGUGGCCCACAGUCUCAUCUUCCUCCUGAUUAUGAGCCCAGACUCUCCUCCCAGAAUGUAUUCAUCGUCUUCAAGGCUACGCACCACGCCUAUUCCACCGAGGACUAGCCAGCUGGCCGCAUACUAUGGCCUUAAUGUGCCUGUCUCCUAAAUACAGACUUCGUGCCAGACCCUCAACCGCACCUUUCUCUUAACCAAGCAGAAAGCUGAACCUGAUCUACUUUAGGUAGCUGUCUGGCUCCAACCAAACCAGCGCUGGGUCAGCCCCAUGUUACUGGAUCUUGGAUUACAGACCGAGGGCAAGUUCCAGAAGGUCCUGGAAGUUAGCCAGUAUCCUAAGAAGAGUAAAGGGCAAGCCAGCAGGAAAGAGGCCCAGUGGAAAAAUGGAAAGACACCUUUUCCAGGCUCCAAAGAAGAACAAGUACGAAUCAAACCCAGCCCUCUUCUCCACCCAUGGACCAAAGCUUCCCGACAGGCAGGGAAAAGAGAUCCAGGGUGCUAGUGGAUUCUGGGCACUGACAGGGAGGGAAGCCAACUUGCCUGGGGAAAAGUAAGAGAGCAAAAUGGUCCUAGCCUCAGGAGAGGGGACACCUACUAAGAGAAUGAAGACAGAGGUCCCUGUCUUCAUUAGGUAGAGACAAUGUGAGAAGCCAACCUGGGCAGGCAAGUCCCCAAGCCCCAGGCAGGCAGUGCCUUUCCCCUGGGAGGUACUACUCAGAUGGGACCGGAACCAGAGGAAACUGCUCCAUGCCUGUGCUUAGGGGAAGCCUGAGCUCCGCCUCCUCCCAGCCACUGAUGGGGGGCGGGGGCGGGCGCUGAGCAGAGUUGCCCGGGACCACUCCGGCCAACCAUACAAAGCUCCCUGGGGGACCCCACCGGGGAAACCAAUGCUAUAGCUUCAGAGACUGUAUCCUCAUUGCAGAAUGGUGGGGACACCUGGGAGUCCCCUUUUCUGCUCCCGACAUCCGACAGCCAGCUGGGAAGAAGCAAACCAGAUACAGAAAUAAAAAAAUGCAAGAGAUGGCAUUUUUGAAUUUUCUCUUUUUAAUAAAAAGGCACCUAUAAAACAGGUCAAUACAGUACAGGCAGCACAGAGACCCCCCCGGAACAAGCCUAAAAAGUGUUUCAAAAUAAAAACCAGGAAGAUGUCUUCA